GGAUGCUGAGAGAGUCGAUCUAUUUACCACUUUCCAGUUGAUAAUUUUUAAUUAAUUUUUAUUGUCUAUCGCAAAGAAGGUUCGAUUCGAUCUCUCUCUGUCUCUCUCUCUCUGUGCAUGCAAUUCAAUCUCUGUCUCCCACAAAUUGUGUUUAGGCGGCUCAAUUCUAGAAGCUACAGUGUCUCUCCGUACAACCACUGAGUUUCCGUUGGUAGUGAUCUUGAUAUGCAACCAGCGAUGCUCAUCGACGAGAACGUACUCGACGCUUGUGAGAAAACAAGGCUAUUGAACAUUCCCGAUGAGAAGACUCUCCCUGUGCUCCGGAAGCUACUGAAUGAGUCUAAUGAGGAUUGGGAUAUCAUAAAAUUGGAUAACUAUAGUGCACUGAUCGACGCUAUAUAUUCCGCUGAAGAAGAGAAGAAGCAAAGCGGAGGUUCAUCUAAUGGCAACAGAGGGAAGCAUGUUGUAGACACUCCUGCUUCUCUGAGAAAAAACGUGAAGAAAAGUGAAGGUUCAUCUAAUGACAAUAGAGGGAAGAAUGUUGCAGUCAUUGACUCUCCUGCUACUCUGAAAAAAAAUUAUGAAACCCGUUCUGCAACCUCAGGUACGUCCACUAAGGUUGUCCAGAAGCAGCCACAGCUUAGCAAUGGUGCUCGCAAGAGGAGAUAUAAAAAGAUUUCUGACAUUAGUAAAGGUUCAGAGAGCGUUGAAAUAUCUCUGGUUGAUGAUGUUGGGACUGAGAAGGUGCCAGAGUUUACUUACAUCCCUCACAACAUCGUAUACCAAAAUGCUUAUGUGCAUGUGUCUCUUGCUCGGAUUUCCGAUCAAGAUUGUUGCGCAGACUGCAAGGGGGACUGUCUUUCAGCCGACUUUCCAUGUGCUUGUGCUCGUGAAACCAAUGGAGAAUAUGCUUAUACUAAGGAAGGGUUGCUAAAGGAGGAGUUUCUGGACACUUGUCUUAAGAUGAAAAAGGCACCAGAUACGUUCAAUAAAUUUUACUGUCAAGAAUGCCCUUUAGAGAGAGAUCACGAUAAGGGCACACAUGCAAAAUGUGAUGGACACUUGAUCAGGAAGUUCAUUAAGGAAUGCUGGAGAAAGUGUGGAUGUGAUAUGCUCUGUGGAAAUCGAGUAGUACAGAGAGGGAUAAAGUGCGAAUUGCAGGUCUACUUUACUGAAGAAGGGAAAGGAUGGGGUAUUAGAACACUGCAAGACUUGCCGAAAGGAACCUUUGUUUGUGAAUACAUUGGUGAAAUAUUGACCAACACGGAGUUAUACGAGCGGAAUAUACGCUGUAGUGGUGAACGGCAUACAUACCCUGUAACCCUGGAUGCAGACUGGGGUUCAGAAAAGGAUUUAAAAGAUGAAGAAGCUCUCUGCCUGGAUGCCACAAAAUGUGGAAAUGUCGCUAGGUUUGUCAAUCACAGAUGUGAGGAUGCAAACUUAAUUGAUAUUCCGGUAGAGAUAGAGACUCCUGACAGACAUUAUUAUCAUAUUGCCUUUUUUACCAUACGAGACGUGAAGGCCAUGGAUGAAUUGACAUGGGAUUACAUGAUAGACUUUAGUGAUGAAAGUCAUCCCGUGAAGGCAUUUAGAUGUUGCUGCGGAAGCGAAUUAUGCAGAGACAGAAAGCCAAAAGGAUCUGGAGGCAAGUCAGGAGAAAGAAGAAAGAUUGUUCCCGCUAAAAAACAACCAGGUCCCAAAGCGGUGGCAUUAAAGCGCAAAUGAGACUGAUCAUUAGAGUAAACACAACCCACAUACACUUAGUACCAGCCUGAGCUCCUUAAUUCCAGAGUGAGAACUUUUAUGGUCGCAGAUUUUUUCUCUUACGGUGUCAAAUUAUCUGAAUUGGGCAAAUUCUUCUGGUAAGUUGACAAAGAUUUUGAGGACCAGAAGAAAGUUUUGUUGGCUUACCAAAGAAACUCACUGUUGAUGUUGUUCUAGAAAUUUCAUUGCAAAUGUCAAAUAUAUAAACAUUAGGCCUUCAAAUAAAGAUGGUCGGUAUUAUUGUCUUAAAAGGAAAAAAAUGG